AUGGCCACACCUACGGCCACGGCCACGGCCGCCACGAUGUCCGCCGCGAUAUUCCCCCCGAUGCCCGCCGCGCUGGCCCCCCCGACGUCCCCCCCGCCGCCCGCCCUCAGCCUGUUCGAGGCCGUCGUCACGGCGUACCCGCCCGUGCUCGAGUCGCUGCUCGCCCAGCUGCCCACGCCCGCGCUGCUCGAGCUGUACCACACGUCGCCGCACCUGCGCCGCUUCCUGCGCGCCUACCCGCUGGCCUGGAAGACGCUGUCGUUCCGCCUGCCGCAGCCCGCCGUGGCCGUGGGCUCGCCCGGCAACGAGACGCCCGACGCCCGCGAGCGCCAGAGCAAGCAGUACGCCUUCGACGCGCUGCUGAAGCAGGUCGUCGCCCCCAACGGCACGCGCAUCACGAACCUCGACCUGUGCAACACGGCCGUCAGCGGCAUCGCCCUGGUCGGCAGCGUGCUCGCCCCGCACCUCGACACCCUGCAGCACCUGUCGGUGCGCGGCUGCAAGAAUGUCUCCAUCAAGUACCACAUCGUGCCGUUCCUCGAGCCCUACACCCUCGCCGACGCCCCCUGGAUGCGCGCCCAGCUGGCCCUCAAGAGCCUCUACACCUACCGCUGCCGCCACCACCGCCGCCGCCCCUACCUGCCGUCCUCGCUCGUGCGCCGCGACUCCGACUCCGACCCCACCCACCAGCUGAUCGAGAUCUGCCACGCCCUCGGCAUCUGGACCGACACCGCCUGGUGCCCGACCCCCGCCGGCCGCUGCUACCGCCGCAAGGACUACCACGCCGGCCGCGCCGCCCCGCAGAACAUGGAGGUCUGGGUGCCGUUUGACCGCCUGUGGCGCUCGAGCAACCGCCUCGGGCCCGUCGACGGCACGAAGCGCCUGGGCCGCCACGACGGCCGCCUGUGGGAGAUCGCCGAGGAGGGGCUGGACGGCGAGCCCCUGGGCACAGAGACCGGCGCCGCCGGCGAGGGCAAGCACGUGCCUGCACACGCCCGCAAGAGCCACACCACCUUCGUCGCCGACAUCACCUGCUCCCAGUGCAACGACGUCAUCCUGGAGCGCUGCGAGUCGUGCAGUGUGCGCAUGCACUGCAUGGGCUGCCGCAAGACGUUGUGCGCGAGCUGCGCCUUCAACCGCCCCAUGCCCCGCAAGCGCGCAAAGACACGCCACUUCACGAACCUCGCCUUUGGAAACAGCAUGGGCGCGCUCGGGCAGGGCUCUGCAUCGACGUCGUCGCUGGACAGCAGGAAGCAGGAAGAGAAGGCUGAGAAGAACCGCUUCUGGUGGGCGCCCGGCGCUGUUCGAUCCCCCAACCUCAUGAACGAGAGCGCACACGAUGACGACUCUUCCGAUUCAGAGGACACGCUAAACAACGGCAUUCCCGGGCCGCCAGCACAUCGGGAUCCCCCCAAGCUGAACAUGCACUGGUGCUGUCUGGAGCCCAUUUUCUCUGGCGGCGGAGGCAUAGCCGUGCUAGGCACUGGACUCGGCGGGAGAGGCGCAGAUAAAAUACGUGCCGCUCCUCUGCCGCGCAUAAAGCAGUACGAAGACCCCGACUUCUCGAAUCGGCUGCGGCCUGUCGACUACAUCCGCGAACUGAAGAACAACGGCCUGUACGAAUACGUCCUGGGCGAAGACGUCGACGUCCUCCAGUACCUGCAGCAGGACAGCAUAGAGCUGCAACAGCAGACCUGUCCCCGUGGGCUGUGCAACGACUGCUACCGCAGCUUCAGGUGGAAGGUGUCGUGUCGCGCCUGCAAGAACCCCAUCUGCAAAGAGCACGACUUCGGCGCGCUCAAGGUCCGCAAGUGCGGGUAUAGAGACCUGCAUUCAGAACGCGACCAUGUCCGCGCACACACAGAACCGCCGCAGCUGCUGGUCAUCCCAGAGUUCAACCCGCACCGGCCGAGCGAGGAUCUCGAGCGCACGCCGACCGCGUCGUCGCAGCUGGAUGCGGUUUCGACGGCUGACAACGAGUCCGAGUCCUCCGAAGGCACGCCCAUGUCCCAGUCCCAAGUCCUCAUGCCCCCCGCGCCAGAGAUGUCCGCCUCGUCCUUCGCCCACAGCACGACCCCCGACCCCUUCACCCUCACCAGCUCGCUGUCCUUCGUGCCCGUCAGCUCCUCGCGCCCGCGCUCCCUCAGCGCCUCGGGCGUCCGCAGCCGCAACUCGGUCUCCUGGUCCAGUCCGCCCCGGGGCCUCCCCCCGACCUCGAUAUCCAACCCGCUCCCGCUGCCCUGCAAUCCGCGCCACCCUGUUCAGUGGGAAGGGUGCGGCGCGUAUUUCUGCCAGUACCCGCGGCCUGUGGGGGAUAAUCGGCCGCAGUGCCCGGCGAUGCUGAAGGAGUGCGCCGAGUGUCUGGUGUUGGUGUGCGAUUCCUGCUCAACAGCAAACCCUCCCUGCCCCUGCACCUUCUGCGCAACCAACUUCCACUGCCCGACCUGCGCCCGCAAGCCCCCUGUGCGCGCCAAAUGCCGCCUCGACGCCGAGCGCAAGGCCAAAGCCGAUGCCGAGCUGCGUGCGCAGGCGAAGCGCGAGAGAGACCGCCGCGAGCGCGGGAGGGCGGAUGAGCUGGCCGGCGCGCUUUGCGAGUUCUUCGCUUGCCUGGCGCCAGGCGAUGGUGAUGUGGGGGAAGCCGCGGGAGAGGAGGAUGGUGAGGGUGAGGGUGUUGGAGAGGCGGGCGAUGCAGCCGCCGCCGACAGCCCGCUCGCGAGCCCGGACAGCAUCACAGUCGUCACCGAGUUCGGCGUGCUGGAGGAGACAGGCAACGUGACUGUCAUCUCCGCGGGCGGCCCGUACGUCUCGCCCCCUGCUGCCGACACCGACACAGACCCCGACGCCGACGCAAACGCCUUUGCGCACUACGACGACGCCGACGCCUUCACGCACUACACCGCCCCCGAGUACGACACCGCAGACGCGCUCGACGGCCCCGCCGUCGUCAUGACAGAAGACACCUCGCAGCCCCCGGUGCCGUACUGGCAGGGCCACGGCUUCUCGCUGCAGCAGCACAGCGCGUGGGGCCAGAUGCACGGCCAGAUGGGGUUGCAGCAGCAGCAGCAGCAGCAGAGUGCCUGGGGCCAGCUGCAGAUGCACAUGCACACCCAGAUGGCGCCGCAGAUGGGCCUGCACAGCCAGAUGGGGAUGCACAGCCCGAUGGGCUUGCACGGCCACAUGAGCAUCGGGCCGCACUCCCAGUUGCACAGCUACCCCCCCGCGCCCGGCUUCGUCCCGUCGUACGCUGUCCCCGGGACCGUGCACGCGGAUGUGAAUGUGCAUCCCGCGGCUCACGGCGCGCACGCCGACAUACCGUCGUCGAUGGGCAUGUCGACCCCGACAACCCCGCCGCCCACGGCCCUCACAUCCCCACCCACCACGACCGCGGCCUCGAGCGACGUCGAUCUCACCGCCGACGACGCGGAUGUCGACACCGACGACGUUCUGGACGACGAUGCCGGGACGGGGAUGCUCGGGUCUGCCGCCGCGGAGGCGGGCGGCGCACUCGAUGCUCCUGCGCCCUCUGCUGCGGCUGUUUCUUCUGCGGGUGUGGCGGUGUCGCCGCUGGGGAGCUGA